ACUAUUUAUAAAUUACAACUAAAUAGUAAUUUAUAUACUAUGUCGCCGGUAGAAUUAUCAUCGGCUUAUAUUCGAAAAUUAAAUCAUCCUAUAAAAGAAAUACGUGAAAGAACAUUACAAUUAUUAGUGACGAAACUUCGCCUAGGAUGGAAACUAGAAGAUGAGUUAGGUGGAACGAGAGAUUUACUUGAAGCCUUACUGGCUUGGUUCCACGUCCAAGAACCUUCGUUGCAAUGUGAAGCUCUGGAACUAUUAAUUACUGUUGUUAAAACUAAAGCAGGGACAUAUAUAGCUAAAGAAAUUGGUAUAGAUAACAUUUUGCUGACUUUAAAUAAAAUAAAACAUAAAUUAUUACCUAAUGCCAUUGAAGUAUUUGAUGAUAUAAUAGAAACUCUUAAUUUUUUGGACACUGUCGAUUCUCAAACAAAUAUUACUAUUCCUCGUCUCAAACUAACUCCAGAGAUAAGUUCAGCCAGCAAUGGAUCAAGUAGCAGUUAUUACACUAUAGGCUUAAAUAAGAUUUCUUCUAAUGGGACUCCAGAUUCAAAUGAAGACAUAGAUAUGUAUAAAACAGAUAAAUGUUAUCCUGAUGGCGUUAAUAUACUACUUUUACCUUGGGUUAAUUUGAGUCCUUCUGAUUUUAAAACAAUUGUUCUGAUCGGGGAUUCAUUAAAAGCUUUGAAAUCAACUCGUAGGUGCUGUCGAUUCAUCAGGGAUGUCUUUUUAAGAGAUUUUCCUGUUGAGAUAUUCUUAAAUCGACCUGUUAUAAUCAAGACAUUAUUAGCUAUAUCUGAUGGAGAAAGUGGAGGACAUCCAGGUGAAGCCUUACAUGCACUUUUAUGCAUAACCCAAUCAUUACAUACAAGAAUCGCGACUUUAUUCUCUUUGGACUUUGUAUCUCAACCAACUAAGGUUUCAGAUGACAACAAAGAGUGUAAUGAUGAUAUAAAUGCAGAGCUGGAACAAUUUGCAGGAAACUUUUCACUACCAGUAGAUGAUGCUUUAGUUACAUUGAGACAGCUGCCAGUUCCGAUAUACACAUUGGAUACAUUACACACUGUACUGACAAUUAUGACACGUAGUGUCGUCUUAGUUGACUCCAAUGACGAUAAUGAUGUCAUUGAUAUGAAUGAUUUUAACACAUGUUUGUGCCUUAUUGAAAGUCUGAUUGAGCUACUGUUGAGAUGUGUCGGUGAGACCUUUUGGGUUCAAGAUCACUCGUCAAAAAUACACAGAGAUAUUGCUCAUAAAGCUUGUAUGAUUAUGCGGAUGUUGGGUGAAUUAAUGACAAAAUUCAAAUCUUCAUGUCACAGAGAUCCAGAGCGCUUGCAUCAUAGAGUGGCGUGGCUGCGUGCAGUGUCAUGUGGCGAACUGCUUCUGAAUUGGACUAGAAACUCAGCUUUGGCGCCCUCUUCGCUAAUAGUAGCUUUACAAGCAGCUCUUAUUGAUCCUGCUUUAGAACUUCUGUACCCAACACUUGCCAAAAACUUGGCCACAGUUAUAUUUAAUUCGAAGUCAUUAGUGGAUCAAGAGUACAAAAGUAGAUAUAGAGAGUUGAAUAAAUUAUUCGUCAGUAUGGACUACGCCGUUCAGUUCAUGAAGCAAAAAGACACAAGCCGAAUAUCUAAGAAUAUCCUAAACUGUAUUAAAAAUGCGCUUCCAAUAUUAUAUUUAAAUGUUGGUGAUAAUUUUUUAAAAGACAUUGCAGUCGUAAUACUAAGAAAGUCGAAAGAUCUGGAUCUCUGUGACAGUGAUUGGUCCGUGGCACGAAGUAUUGCGUUAAAUCUGAUGGCACAUAGCUCACAAUGGGUGCAGGUCAGCUUCUACAAAAUGUUAAGCGAAAUGGUGAAAUCGGUUCUGAUGGGAGAAGACGAAUGUCAAUCCGAGAAUGAGAAAUGUCUGACAUUAAUAUGCGAUGUUGGAAUUUUGACUGAAAUAUGCUGUCAUGGAUUAUCUUCAACCACGGAGGAGGUGGAGAGUAGCGCGAGUGAGAUAGUGCUGUAUGUGCUGCGCGGGCGCCUGGUGCUGUCGGCCGGCUGCUGGUGGCGUCUGCUGGCUAGUCUGCUGCCGGUGUUGCCGCUGCUGCAUGUGUACGCGGCACACGAUACACAGUUAGGAAAAGCAAUCUGCAAAUCUUUGGAGCCCGAUAUAGUUGAUUGCAUGGGAAUUUCGAAGGCAGAAAUGAUCGCGGGCCUCAUUAGACUGUUGUUUGUGAACUGCGCUCCGGUACAGCUGGACGCUGCAUACGCUCUCUGUAGGCAAUUAGAUGACGAUAGAUUUUUGCCACCUCGAGAUUCCCUGCGUUCUGAUAUAAUACUCAAUGCUCUGAGACGCAUCGAACGACAAGAUUUCAAUAUCGACCAAUCCAGCUCGCCGUCGAAGAAUCCACAGACGGCUGGUCUACUUCAAAUCAUUGAAGUAUUAAAACAAGACUUGGUGCUGAAUGAAGAGACAUUGGAGUAUACGGCUCAAAGUAACAGUCGGCCGGCACUCGAGCCAUCCUUACGUCGCAGCACAUUGCAGCAACUGGCCGUGAUGAUGCGUCAGCAGGAAUUGCACGAAACGUUUCUUCAAAGUGAUGGGCUCAAUCUCGUUGUUUCUCUUCUGAGAUUAUCGUUAAUGGUAGAUGAUUAUUUGGCGUUUCCUGAAUGCGCCAUCAGCUGCGUGUCGGUUCUGAAUAGUAUCUGUUUUAUGAGCCGACAUAGUUUAGUGAAAAUAUCGGAUUUACCCUUACUAUUGAUCAGAGUGAUUCUGGUAUUUCCCGCAAACGAUAGCAGCGUGCUGACAUGCGCGCAGGUGCUGUCGCUGGUGGCGUGGGCGGGGUUCGCUCUUCAGGAGCUGGACGCCGCUCGCCGACGCGUCCCGGCCUUACCCCUGAAUGUCACUCAGCGGACAUCCCUGCCCUUUACCGCCAAUAGCUACUGGAGUACCAGUCCCAACACUGAACAUUCAUCUGUCGAAUGGUUGCUGACGGAGGACUCGUGGCGGAGCGCUAUACAGGUUCGUUGGUGGUGGUUGCGCCGUGGUAGCGCUUCGUUGCUCCGCGGCACUUCGCCCCUCGGGCCGGAGGCUCCGCCCCCGCGAGAAGUGCGCUCGCUGCGGUCGGCCAGCGUCCCGCACUCCUGCGCUGGCCUCCUGCUGGCGCUGGAAAAUGCGACGUCGCAUGCACAAGUCAUCGAUGCCUUAAAUAUGUUACAAAGCUAUACAUACCUCGUCCCAGCGUCUCCGACCUGCGCCACCGAACUGGCCGACCUGCCGUGGCACCACACGCGCAGGUUCCUGAGCGCUCCGCCAGCUUCUUCCCGAGACACGACGCUGUUGAUCUCGUUACUGCAAUUUAUUGUUGCCUAUAUGGAUAAUAUGCCAAAAGAAGACGUCUCAUUAUCCUGGAUAAAGACUUCGUUCAUCGGAAGCGACGCCGUCAUAAUAUCCCUGCUGAGUCGAGAACGGCUGUAUCCUCAGCAAACUGCUCAAGAGGAUAUUGAGCUGAUUCAGUUACGCAUUCACAUCGUCAAAGUAUUGCUGAGAUGUGUCCUACUCGUGGAGCAGCAAGGCGACUACAGCUGCAGCAGGAUGGAGAGCCUCCUGAAGAUUUUGCUUAGUUGCCUGGAGAGGAUCGAUUUGAAAAAUUUUCAUAUGCUCGGAUAUCUCAACGAGCUGAUACGCUGCGUAAGAUACGCGACGCAUUCUCGGUACUGCGAGUUAUCGGAGGAGACUCUACUGCAAAGCUUGAAAAUAAUGACGAAUGCCUUGAGCGGAUGCGCGUCCGGCGCCGGUCGCAAGGGGCGCGCCAGUCGCCGCGACGCGCUGCUGGCGCUGCUCGCCCUGCUGCGCCGCGCGCGCCGCCGCCGCCUGGCGCCGCAGAGGUGGAGCGAGUCCUGGGAAGAGGCGGCGCUGCGCGCGACGCUGAGCGCGGCGGGCGCGGGCGGCGCGGAGCUGCGCGGCGCCGCGCUGCACGUGCUGGCGGCGCUCGCGCACCACGCGCCGCUGCACACGCAGAUACUGCAGUACAUUGAAAAAGAAUCGCUGUGCCAGUACGCUAUAGAGAUGUUCUCUCGACCCAGCGAAGCGAACCUCGUGCGAGCAGCUGCGGCCGCGUUACUCACCACUCUCACCUCGAGAACAUCCUCUCACACUCAGAUAUUAGAAAAUGAUAUUUUGCGAUCUAUGGAGGAAGGCUAUUUCUUAGAAGAUUGUACGAACAUACUAGUGGAAUUCCUUAAUGAUAAGGAGUAUAAAAGUUAUCUAGAGCCAAAUGUACCGUUAUCGGUGUUGGAACGUGGAUCAGAAUUGGAGGUGCGUGCACAAAAAACUAACGAAAUACAUUUCUCACCUUUGCUGACAUUUCAAAAGCCUCCACCCACUGCGGGAUUGGUCGUUGCAAUAGCUGACGUCAUCCACAAUAUUACGAUUUAUAAAUCUGCUCCAGUAAAAGCGUGGAAUGAACAAGGUCUUUAUAGGGUAUUGUUCAGAUGCGCGUCGUGGGGCGGCGGUGCGGGCGGCGGUGCGGGCGGCGGUGCGGGCGGCGGUGCGGGCGGGGAGCGCGUGCGCGGCGCGGCGUGCGGCGCGCUGGCGGCGGCGGGCGCGCACAAGUGCGUGCGCAGCUCGCUCGCCGCCGCCAAGGACUGUCUCUAUAACUUGCUGACCACGCUUACACCUAUACAAGACGGGGAAGCAGACGUAGAAUGUAUAUCUGCGCGUACGCAAGCGUUGCGUUUACUUGCCGCCUUGUUGAGUGAGCGUUCGGCCAGCGAAACCGUGUGGUGGGAAUUGAAGAAGAACAACUUGAUGCUCUUCCACCUGUUACUUCAAGCUUUGGAAAGUGAAGAUCAUGAGUUACAAGAAGCAGCAAUGCACUGUAUAGCUCAGCUGGCUCGGUCGUUAUGCCAAAAAAAUUGUAACGACACAUCCAAAGAUCAUUCUUACGUAGAUUUCUUCAACAAUUUUCGAUCACCACACAUACAGGAAACAAAUGACAUACUGUGUGCCGGCGACAGUGCAAGGAACGAUUGUCAGCCGGAGUUCAUUGUUGAGGAGUUUUGUAAGAUUUUGAUGAAUAUGUAUCGAGAUCUCACCGAUAAAAACAAGUGUCUUUCUAGUCAAGACGAGACGUGGUCGCUGGUGUGCUGCAGCCUGUGCUCGCUGCAGCGCGCGUGCGGGCGCGCCCGCGUGUACUGCGUGCACAGGCUGCUCCCGCGCGCGCUCGUCGCCACGCUGCAGACCCUUCGGGACGCGCUCUCGCUGCGAGGAAAACCUAUCGACGUUAUUAAAAAUGCUGAUCAUGAACCAACCCUCAACACUUUAAACUGGGUUUUGACUCUUAUCACCUGCUCGAUGUACGAAUGUCCACCCGCGAAAGAGCUUUUUGCGGAAGACUUGGCCCUCUCCCUAAUCAGACUCUGGCCCUGGUGUAUGAUGACCGAAGCUUUGAGGGAAUCGCUUAUGAGUUUGCUGGUUACCUUCACAAAUGAUUGUUCUAGAGCCUGGUCCAGCAUGUGUAGCUGUGUGGGUGGACGUAGUCUACUCAACGAAGUGUGCUCGCUCGUCAAUCGUGAAGCCGCACGUCCCCGCCCUACUUCCCUCUUGCAGCGCGCACUGCGAAUAUUGAGGCACUGUGCACCCCACCAGCAUUGUAGAACUGUAAUAAUUAAGAACGACAUCCUGUCUCGCAUGAACAAGGUCGGCGGGCGGCGCGGCUCGCCCGACGAGUGGUGCCGGCUGGGCGAGGCGCUGGCGCGGCACGCGGACGGCGCGGCGGCGCUGCUGGCGGCCGCGCGCGGGGCGCCGGCGCGACUGCUGCCCGCGCUGGCGCACGCCGCGCACCAUCAGCGACUGGCGUUCCUGCAGUCGCCUGAUCUUUUGGAGCUGUUGUCGAGUAGCCUCCUGACCGGCGACACUGCGGAGGUCGUGUCGGCGGCGAGAGCGGCGUGGGCGCUGGCGGCUAACAACCACAGGGCUAAACUAGUGCUUCGUAGCGCCGGUAUACCAGUAGCUGUGCAGUCGUCCUUACAACGUUUACAAAAGAACGCUACAGACGAGGCUACAAAGCGCGCCAUCCAGCUCCUAAGAUAUACACAAACCGUCCUACAAGCUACGUGACUAACAUUAAGCAAAUUAUUUCGUCAAUUAUAUACGAAGUUAAAUUCAAUAUCGUUUUGUAUAUUUUUUUUAUGAAUUUAAUAUAAAAUAUACAAUUUUACUUUUAUUUA